ACACAGCAGCGGGAGGUUAGAGGCAGAGCAAUAGAGAGGCAGGGAGAUUUGGUAACUACCAGUGACACAUUUCAAAGCAAGAGAUCACACUAGUGUCACUGAGGAAGCUGGAUAGCAUCAGCAGGUUGCAAUGUCUACAGCACCGAAGGACCCCUUGAAACUUACCAGUGGCAAACAGGAAAGAAAGCUCAGAAAGCCGCUUAUUGAACGCAAGAGAAGAGAGAGAAUCAACUCCUACCUGGAGCAGCUGAAAGAAACUGUGAUAAGGGUAUUUCAUCUUGAUCAGUCUAAGCUGGAGAAAGCAGACAUACUGGAGAUGACUGUGAGGCACCUGGAGAAUAUUCAAAAGAAUAGAUCCACAGGUGAAACUUCCCAGAGUGUGGACAUCCAGCAAAGAUUCAGUACAGGAUACAUCCAGUGUAUGCACGAGCUCCACAAUCUGCUUCUCAACUGUGACUGGAUGGACCAAGCUCUUGGAGCACGUCUUCUCAAUCACCUGCUGAAAUCCCUCCCCAAGGCCAAGGAUGUCAAAUCUGAGCUGCUCUUCGUUUGUGAAGAGGGUACUGGGAGGACGACCUCACCAGCUAUGCAGGCUGACCCUGAGACAGAGCCACAUACUAAGGAACACUGCCCCUUGAUGGGCUCACUGCAGAUGUGGAGACCCUGGUAAUGGUUUAAUACCUCCUUAGUGAAAGGGGCAUCAUAGACCAGAUUGGGUAAUGCCGUAGGCAGACUCAUCUGUUUCCCUCUCUCCGUAGCUUGUUUAUUUGCUCUCACUGUGUGUCCCCUUCAGUUACACUGGGUAUAGGAGCAGAGAGAGAACUUGCUGGCCCUAGAUUGUAGUCCAUACAAUAUAUAUAUAUAUAUGUAUCUUAUAGAUAUGCUUUGUUUAACACGUUGUGGUGCUCAGCACACCCCAUUAGGUGUACUAAAGACCAGGUGCUUCUGGCAGGAGCCCCAUGUUCGUAGCCUGCAUUGUAGAAGGCUUGUUCUCCCCCUUAUUUAUUAUAAACCUUUCCAAGUAACAUUUCUAUUCACAUGAGAUCGUUUACACCUUCCUAUUCCUGAAUAAAAUGUAAUAUAUGCUGGAAACUGUGUAAUAUUUUAGCAUAUAUAGUUUUUAAAGACAAGAAUUUUGAACAAUGGACAGAAUAAUGAUUAAUGACCGAGAGCACAGGCAGAACUCAGUGGCAUAGGCAAUGUUUGACAUGAGGGGGAGCGAAGACUGACAUAUACGUAUGCGCCAAAUAUGUGGGUGAUCCCACACCGUUCUGAGAUCAAUGGUAUUGAAUCAAGUAAGGAAACCAAAAUCGACAAUUGAAGGGGAGAAGAAAUCCCCUAUUGUGGUCAAGUUGGUGGUGCACCCAGAGUCAGUGUUAAUAACUGUGUCAAAAGGAGAGGAAAAGAAGACUCUUGU